ACGUCACCAUCAGCUGACGUCAAAGGUAAACAGUGGCGGCGGGAAGCUGAGGGAGGGAGGUGUUUGUGGCCCUUUGCACCUGUGAGAGUGUUAUGAGGCCACUGACCGCUGGGAAUAGAGAGCAGACGAGUCCCCAGAGGCUCGGAGGCUGGUAAGGAUGCUGCGUAUUGAGUCCUACAUCACUCCCAUCAUCCUCAGCUAUGUGGACAAGUACAUCAAGAAUCUUAAACCUGAGGACUCACAGGUGUCACUGUGGGGAGGUGAUGCUGUAUUCAACAACCUGGACCUUCGCCUGGAGGUGCUGGAACAGGAGCUGCGUCUGCCCUUCUCCUUCGUCAACGGGCACAUCCAUGAGCUUCGCAUCCAUGUGCCCUGGACCAAGCUCACCUCCGAGCCCAUUGUCAUCACCAUCAACACCAUCGAGUGCAUCCUGAAGCUGAAGGGAGGAGAGGCAGCAGGGUCAGAGUCUUCCAGUCACAGCGGGGCAGGGGCGAAGUCUGGUGAUGUCAGGAGGAGGCAGAAGAGACAGGACCUGGAGGUGCCAACGAGCUACGUGCAGGGGCUCAUCAACCGCAUCAUCAACAAUGUCUGCGUUGUCUGCAAUAACGUCGUCCUUAAAUAUGUGGAGGAUGAUAUCGUUCUCUCCAUCAAUGUGAAGACGCUGGAGUUUCGUUCAGUCGACGGGCGAUGGACCCCUGCCUUCAUUGAUUUAACAGCAGAAGACCUCAUUCUCCGUAACCUGGCCACCCUCACAGACCUCACAGUGUGUCUGGACAAGAGGAACGCCUCUGGGAAGAUUGAGAACUACCAGGAGCCUUUGAUGUACCGAUGCUCCCUGUCCUGCCGAGUGGUGAGGCAGUUCGAAUCCGUCAACUCCAUUCAGCCGCUGUGCACUCGCUAUGAUGUCUUUUGCCCUCAGCUCCACUUCAGCCUCUCCGACACACAGCUGCCCAUGUUCCUCAGACUCCUGCAGCUGUCCCUUGCACUCUACUACGGGGAGCUGGGCACUGCAGGCGACCUAGAGCAGACUCCCGGUGUGCCCUUGAAAGACGCAGAUGGGAAGCUCAUUGAUGACCCGUCCCUGGAGGAGGGGUCGUGGUCAUCCUGGGCGUGGUCCCUCGGCUCUGCGCUGCUGCCAGUGUACUGGGAGGACGAUGAGGAGCACACCCUGUCCGCCCACCGCCAUCGCCUCCACAAGACACUCCACAUGGGCAUCUAUGUGGAGACUGCCACCUGGACCUUUAAACUGACAGAAUCCGUGCAAGACAGUGGGUAUUUCGGCCCAACCAAGAUGCAUUUUACUCCCUUCCUUCGCGUGGAGCACCAGGGCAGCUUUGUGACGGUGGUGGUGAGGGGCAUGGAGGCCAGCAAUGUACAGCUUGGCAUAUCCUCCCUCACUGUGGAUCCUGUGGGCUUCUGUAUCUGUGGCAUUGCUGAUAUACAGGAGGGAAGCGUUUCCGGCACACAGGAGCAGAGUGUGGCAGUGCAGGGGUCGCCAUCCUUCCUGACAGUGGGACAGGAGGGGCAGGAAUACUUGGCCCACUCCCUGUUUGACCCCCAGGUGCUGAUGGAGUCACAAGAGCUCUGGGACUACAAAUAUUCCUGGGACAGACACACCAAGGAAGCCACAGAGGCCAACCUGCUGGCGAGGACAGGAGCCGUGGCAAUGGAUUACUUUUACCUGAUGGAGCUGCCCACGGACUUCAGCAGUGAAAAGCUGUCAGAGAUUAGCAGUGACCUUGAGUACAGCAACCUGAACGAGAGGGCACUGUGUCGCAUGGUGGUCGGGGCUUGUGAAGUCAACAUCUCCUCAGGCUUCUAUCACAGGCUGGAGGCAGUGAGUCACAGCCUGGCCCAGCAUGACUACCCACCCUACGCCAGCCCACCUAACCAGGAGCCCCCAGGACCCCUCCCGACACCCAGUGAGGAGGAGGUGGCGGUGCUGGAGGCCAACACUCCCACCCGCUGCUACCUGCUGACACUGAUGGAGCCGCUGGUGGUGGUGCACACAGCCCAGCACUCGGCCAUCAAUAUGAGGAAUGUUGUCAGUGCUAAGAGGAGGAAGAAAAACAGAAAGGCUUGUGGGGAAAUGUGCAUGGCGAGGGUGCUUCCGGUUCCCCGCGUCCAAGUCAAACUGUCACGUCUGGAUCUGGAGUGGACAAGACCCAUGUACCCCAAACGUCUGGUGUCUGCCGCCUGCACCCUGCGUCCCCCGUCCCCCGCCAUGCUGCACAACUGCCACGCACACCUCACUGUCACUGCCCACAAUCUUUGCCUGAGUCUGCAGUACCAAGCCAGCAGCGUCACCCUUCUUCAUGGCUUCUCCCCUUCCCUGUACUACAAAAGCCUGCUGCUGCCUCUCUACUGGUCCUCCCCUCACCAGCCACGUGAUGAGUACUUUCUGCAGGCUGAUGCCUUGAGUGUGGAGGCAAGCGCACCACAACUGCAGCUGCUGGUGUGGCUGGGGCGGUCCUGGUGUGAGGAGCAUCCACAGCCCCAGUUGCUCCACCAAGACUCGCUGGUGGAGGACGCUCUCUCUGCCCGCAGGCUGCCAGUGGUGGCAGUGAGGGUGCAUAAAGUGGAAGCCAAGACCUGUGACACGCCGUCUCUGCGGGGUGGCAUGGCCACUCUCGGCAGCAUGACAGUGGGUCUGCGCCGGCCUCACGGGGAGCUGCUGUGCCUCCUGGUGUCUGGCCCGGAGGACAAGCCAGGGCUGGAGGUGCUACUGCCGGAGACUGUCUCUGUGUCGGACAAACUCGUCAAGGUCGCCUUCCAGUUCCCCAAAGACGACUGUGAUGAGAGCGUCCCCAGGAUCCUGACAGUGGGCAUGAAGAAGACGGCCUUCCUGCUGGACCCACAGCUGGUGCAGUGGCUCAAGUAUUCCCCAAGGAAGGUGGACAAUGAGGCACUCACUGACAUGGUAUUCCUCAAGAAGAUCUCGGAGGUGCGUGGCGUCGGCCCGGUGCAGCUGAAGCAGUCCGAAACAGAGUCUGAGGUGACGAAGGUCGAGUCCUCAACAGCGACACUCUCUGAGGCCAAGACAGAGAGCAGGGGCCUCCUCCAUGUGCCCCAGGAGCUGCAGGACGCCCCACACAAGUCAUGGAAGGAGAGGUUCGUGUGGUGGUACCCUGUCCUGAGUCGCCUGCUGGUGCACAUUGACCUGGACUCUGCCACGGUGUUCCUACCAACCACGCCACUCGGCAUUGCAUCCGAGUCUGGCCUGGUGAACGCCGUGCACCGGACCUACCUCACCCGCAGCGAACGGGCUGCCCUGGGGGACACCCUGGUGCUGUGCCUGCCUCACGUCCUGCUCCACAACGCUGCACAGAAACAGUCGCUGCUGCACAAUGUCCACGACGUGCCUGUCAUCCUGCCGGGGGAGAUCUGGGCUACAGAACGAGACAAGUUGCCGUGGUCUCUUAACCUGGGCAGCUUCAGCAUCUACACCCUGCACGGGGCAGGCCAACACGUCAAGCUGCCUGUGCUCAAGCCAGUCAACACCACCGCCACACUCGCCAUCACCACCAAGUACCAGGGCCCCUCUCUUAGUCAACUCGGGCUUGUGAUCCACACUGACAUGUCUCCCCUGGACUUCUGUGGCAGCCGCAGUCAGGUAGUGAGUCAUGCCACGGUGGUGGAGAGCCUGCUGGGGCUGGCUGCACACUUCAUGAGAGGAUCCCCGGACCUGGCAGAUUCCAAGUCAUCCACACCCAUCCCCCAAGCCACCAUCCCUGAAGCCUCCUCGCAGCCCAACCAGGUGAUGUCCCCGCCACCUCCACCUCCGCCACAGUCCCAGACCCACCACACAACACCCCCCAAGCCCCUGCAGCACAGCGGCUCUGACCCCAACACUCUACUGGUAACGGAGGUGGAGGAGAUAGAGGACGAGAGAAGUAAAAGUGUGGUACACGUGGUGAGUGAGAUGGAGGCACAGACCAGCAGCACUCCCCUGGUGACGGCCUGGGUGCAGUGGACGGUGGCGCGUGUGUCGGCCUCCCUGUACGCCAGAGAGGCUGGGGAGAUGAGGAAGCUAAGGGCCGAAAUGGAGGACCUGACUAUGGCUCUUGAUCUCCACCAAGUGUACUCCAAAGUGAAGGCCAAAGUGACAGCAUUCAGCAUCAUGCACUUCACUAAAGGGAGCAACAGCUGGGUGGCUGGGGAGCAUGAGGGUGUGGUGAUGACCUGCGGCGACCAGUUGACCCGAGACGUGAAGGUCAUUAACCCUCGCAGUGGCACUGUUGAUCCCCACCACCACCACCACCACCAUGGCACCAAGACACCCAGCACCUCAGCAGAGCAGCCCAAGCCACACGGGUUCCUCUCCCUCACCUUCACCACGGCGCUGUGCAAGAACAUUCACUCCAGCUGGAACAACCUGAUCAAGAAGCACAUGAGUGACGAGAGGUGUCUGCCCCGAGUGGGUAUGCCAGACCACUACCUCAGCGAGAUAGACGUUCGGGUCCAACCCUUCGACUGUGUGUGCUUCCCUGCAUCCCUGCACAUCUUUGCCUCUGUGUAUGAGCCAUGGCUGCAGCUGCACCUCCCCAAGCAGCUCACCCACACCGGUGGGAAUGUGGCCAAGGAACCCCUGGGCAUGAACAUCAACAACCACACCCUUCCACUGGUCUACCUCCACACUGAGAGCAUCCGUGUUCUGCUCCCCGCCCGUGACACCUCCAGUGAGGACCCCUCCAUCCACAACAUGUUCCUCCUCCAGCUGGACUCCGUGGUGGUCACUCCACAGGUGGACAACCCACUCUCCCGCAUCAUGAUCCGCCCCGACAUCUUCCAGCUGGCGGAGCGGGCCAGGAUCCUCGGCAUCCCUGGCUCGGAGGUAGAGGACCGGCAGUACCAGAUUGACGUGCUGGGCUUGAGUGCCAGUACAGGGUCAUGGCAUCAGCUGGUGUGCAUGAAGGGGGGACGGCCUCGCAGCUCGUCUGGGGAGCGGCUUGGGGUGAUGGGGGAGAACCCGGCCCUGGAAUGGAACAAUUAUGACCCCAUGCUAGACAACAAGAAUACUGAUGUUGUGUUGCAUCCAUUCCUGGCCAGGUUUGACAGCCGGGUAAUUGCAGCGCCAGCCAUCGUGUUCCGAGGGGCUGGGGGCAAGGAAGAGGAAGAGAACCCAGGAAGAGAAGCAAUUGUUGGUGAAGAGGUGGCAGGGGGAGCAUCACGCAGUAUUCUAGUGGCAGGUCAUUCCUUAGAGGUCAACGCAACUUCAGACAUUGACCUGCACCUGAGCCUCCCACAGGUCGCCCUCCUGCAGGAUAUCGUGCAGGAUACCACCAGUCUGAUCAGCGAAAUGGUAGCACGUGGGUGGCAGGGUGGCAGGACAAGGCAGUCACAGGAUAUGGCAGACAGCGGCGUGGACUGCGACAUUUCCUCAGUGGAGCUUGCCAAGGGUGGACUAGUGGGCCUGCGAGGAAGCACCACCACCACCACUACUGCAUCCACCACCACCACCACUGUGAGCCGCUCCUUUGUACCCUUGGAGCUGCUUAUCACUGGAGGGAAGAUCACGGCAAGUGUGUUCGACCGUGGUGUGCUGGAGGACGGACAGAGGAUGAGUGUCAAGGGGUGGCAGAGGAGUAAACUGGAGCAGCGGGCAAGGAAGAGAGAGAGGGAGCUGGUGGCAGAGGCAGCGUCCACCGAGAGUGAACCAUCCCCUCGUAGGCUACCGCACCACCGCCACCGCCACCCUGCCGGGGACACCAAUUCAGAGUCGCCCUCAGAAAAGGAGAUCGAGGAUGGCUAUGAGGGUUCGGAGGAAGGGUCAGUGUGUGAGGGAGGAGGUGUCAACCCACAGCAGCCUCGCAUCCUCCCCCUGCUGUACGUGGUGGUGUCACAGCCUCACGCCUUUCUCUCCUGCCAGCCUCUCAAGCAGAAACUCGAUAUCUCCUGCUUCAAUUUCAUCCUUCGUAGCGUCCUCAAAGGUUUCUCGGUGAAAGCCAGUGAGGUAAAGCAGCUGCCGUGUCCUGAGGAUUACUCAACAUCGUGGCUGGAGACCAAACCAGGAGACCCACACCCCAAGACUGGCAUACCACCCGCCCUCCUUGUCAUCUCCGCCACAGACUUCCUCCACAAGCCAGGCUGCAUCAGUGUGGAGGUGGGCCGACCUGUGCGGUUCUUUCUGAGUGAGAGUCGGUGGCAGCAGGUGAACCACGUGUUCAGCUGUCUGAAGAAGGUGCUGCCUGAUGCUGUGCUGGGAACAGGCACAAGUGGGCCCAGCUCCCCUCUGGCUGACAAGAAGCCCCACACCCCAGAGCUUUCCUCUCCUGAGAGGCUGAGGCAGGCCCUGGUGAAGCUGGACAGCAUCUCCUUCGUCACCAGCCAGAUCGUCGUGAACUGGGAGGUGGUGAAGGAGCACAAGGCCAAGAGUGAGGUGCACAGCAGCGUCUCCGCCCUCAAGUUCUGCAUUGCCACGUCCAGGAAGCGUUCGCCUGCCACCCAGGGCCAGGAGGCCAGGCCAGACUUCAUCUCAGAAAUCACAGCUACGGUGGACAUCUCUGACCUACAGCUGAAGACGGUGUACCACUCCCAGAAGCUGCAGCCAUUCCUGCGGCCGUGGACGGUGGCGGGGGAGUUCAAGCUACUGUGGCUGCAGUGGAGCACCCAGCCCUACGUGGAGGUGCGCGUGGACACGGAGAUCCUAACAGUGGACUUGGGGCCCGAGCACCUCUUCUGCUUCAUGGACAUGUACAACCAUGUGCUACCCUUCCUGCAGGCGGGGGCUGAGGGGCAGCCCGCAGGGCAGCAGUGGCACGCCCCGGCCAGGGAGGAGCACCAGCAUGACAUCCUGUACCAGGACGACCUGCGGGCCGGCAUCUUCCAGUAUGUGAGCCUGGCCCUGGAGGACCCCAAGCCCUACCAGGUGGUGUUUGACAAGAUGGCCGGCACCAUGGUGUGGUGCUACCCUGAGCCACGUACCCUCACGCGGGUGGACAUCUACCCGGUGCCCUUCGUGGCCGCCUCAGAGUACAGCAGCAUGGGUGAGGCAGACACCAAGGAGCAGGUGCUGUGCGCCCUGCAGUACUUUGACUCUUUGCGGGACACCUUCAUCACCUACCGCCAGUUCCAGCUCUCAGAGUCCAAGUUCUGCCAGCUGGACUUGCCCAGCUUCUACGAGAAGCAACACAUCGCCGUCUCCUCCACCUGGAGGGUCUGCAUUGACUUCUCCGAGGAUGACAGCAACUCCGGCGAUGGCCGCAUUGUGGUGUCCCCGGGGGCGCUAGCAGCCUGCAUGCGGGUGGACUCCAUGUUUUCUGUGGACCUGCUGCCCCGCACGCAGGCCGUAGUCAACUUGGGGCAGGUGCAGGUCACACUGCUGAGCCACCUGGCGCUGACGGGCAAGAAGCUGCCAAGGGCGCUGCGCUUCUUCACCUAUGACAGGCUGGCACCAGAGGAGCAGCCGUUCCUCACCCUGACGCUGGAGAAUGCCUUCCUGCGGGGCUACGUGUGGGCGGAGGCGCUGCACACACAGGCCGGUGGGUCGGUGCGCAUGGAUGUGCUGAGCUACUCCUUCCUGACCAACAGCUGCCUGCUGGAGCCCACCUUCCUGGAGGGCAGCGUGGUGCGGCAGGAGGCAGAGGGCCCAGACAAGCCUGCCUGCGUGGACUCGGUGGUCACGGUGAAGCCAAUGUUCGUCCACGUGAACCAGUCUGUGAUCCACACUCUCAACGUGGCGCAGGAGGGCUGGCUGCAGGUCUCAGAGACAGUGGGCGAUGUGGCUGGCGGCCCCAACACCAACCUGGUCAAGAAGUCCCCCAUGAUCUUCAUGACCAACUACCUCAUCUGCAACGACACCCUGGAGACGAUCAGGUUCGGCCAGGUGGGCACGGAGGAGAGCAUCCUGCUGGCCUCCCGCAGCCUGCACCUCUACUGCUGGAGGAGCCACAAACUGCCCCCGAGGCUGCAAGCGUGUGUGGAGGGUGGCAAGUGGAAGUGGUGUGACCCCUUUUCCCUUGAAUCUGAAGGGCCGCAGGUCCACACCAUCCACCACGAGGGACGUCACUUCCACUUCCUGGUGUCGGUGGAGCGCUUGUCCCCAACACAGAAGCUCAUCACCUUCUCUGGCCUGCUCUCCAUUGCCAACUGCCUCACGGAAGACCUGGAGUUCCGUGUUGUUGAGACGACCACCAAGGACAAGGACUCCCCCAAACACACAGGGACCCACGCACUUCGCAGCCGGUUUGUGGCGCCCUCGUAUGUGGGAGACGCUCAUGGGGUGAGGGUGAGGCUGAUGGGAAGUCCUACUGUGUGGUCAGGGGAGAUUCCUUUAUCCUACGAGCGCACCAAGGACUCUGUGUUGGUCAAGAUCCCUCUCAAGGUGAAAGGAGAGAGCAUCUUGACCUGGUGUCGGGUGCUGAGGCAGAGGAUUGGUGGUGUGUGGCGGCUCCUGGUGGUGUUCAGUCCACAGUACAUGGUGCGUUCUCACCUCCCCCGCCCACUCAUCCUGCACCUCACCACCCCCUCGGACAAUACCACAAUGCAGGUGGUGGUGAAGGGCCGCGGUAACACCCACACCCUGCACUGUGAUGGCGCAGCAGCGCAUCACCUCACCUUCCAGCUGAACCCGGAGUUUGAGGUGUCCAGCCCCCCCAUCCCUCUCACCCGCAGCAUGUCUGACCAGAUCAGGCUGUCACAGUGCCAGGAGGCGGUGGACAUCUCCCAUUGCCUGCACCAGCUUUUUGAGGGGCCCGAGGAUCGCUGGCCCUACAUUGACUCCACUAACUUCAUGGGCGAUGUGCUCUUUGCUGACCAGCCCAAGAUUGACCUCCAGGUGGGCUUCUCAGCGCUACACCCCUUCUGCAACACCCUGGUGGUGGACAUCAGGCCGUGGGCGCUGCUGGUUAACCACACAGGGGUGGAGGUGAUCCUGCAGGAGGCUGACGCACAGAGCUGCUGGUUUGUGCCUCCCGGGGCAGUCUUUGCUCCCCCCAAGCUGGAGGGACUGUUCACCAUUGGCUUGACAGAGAACGAACAGCACUUCCACACCUCCCCACUGCAGCUGUCAAAGGAGGACCGCUGGUACAGCCUGAAGUUUGAGGGGCGGAUACCUCGGCAGGGCUACACGUGCCUGCGCAUCCCCACGCAGGACAAGGUGUUCUUCAUGACACUGCUGUCCAGGUACGAGGAGAACAUACAGGUGAUGCACCUCCUGCCGACGUACUCCAUUGCCAACAACACCUCGGAGGCCCUCACUGUGCGCUCCAUGUAUGUCUAUGCUGGGGAGAACAAGAUACAGCUCCCAGUCUCCCUCCCAGCACUGCCCCUUGCCCCGAAAGCCAGCGCCGGGGACAUGGUGGAGACACCCCUGCUGCUGUGGCACAUUCUCAGGGACGCUGGGGUGUCCAGCUCAGACGAGGAACUUUGCUGUGUCCAGAUAGGGCAGAGUGGGUACCAGGCACAUCCCAUCGUGGUGCAGGACAUGCCCACUGACCAACGCCGGACCUUCACCCUCCCCAGUAGGAGCAGCAUGGCACCAGUAUUAAACCGUUCCUUUCUGCUGACCUACCACAAGCACCAGGGGCAGGUCAAGAUGGUGGUGCAGGAGGACCCGGCACCCCAGAUGGUGAUUCACAACAACACCAGUGCUCUGCUGAUUCUUGGUCAGAGUUCCCCUAAGGAGGAAGGCAUCAUGGAGGAAGAGCUGGACACCUUUGCCGCCAUGCCCUCAGUGCCGCCGUGCAAGUCUGUCCACUACACCUUCCCCUACGUGUCCCAGAGGUUCCCCGAGAUCCUGUCCAGCACUGUCACCUUCCCUCGCCUCCAUUUCUCCCAGCCAGACAUCCUCAAUAAUGCAGAGACAGAGGAGGUGCUGUGGAGCCAGGGCGUGGACAUCCAGCAGCAGUACGACCAGUUUGUCAGCAUCCCGGGCCACGGCGACGUCAAGGUGAGGAUGGAGCGUGUGGGUCACACCUCACAUGUCUUCAUUGACCCAGUAAGCCGCGUGGAGGUGUCGGCGAGGGACAUCCGCAGCAGGAUAGCGGCCGAACCCUCCAAGGGCCGCGUGGCCACCUCCACCAACAAGGGCCGGGCCAUCAAGGAGAAGGAAGGCGUCAUGCUGGAGAUGGAGAAUGCCGCUCUGCCUGAGCCGCAGGAUGAGACAAGCAGCAAGGAAGGGACGGCUGGAGAGGAGGAGGGCACCCCUGAGGUGGUGGCCCCCGAGGUGGUUCCUGCCAGGAAGGAGGAGGCAGAGAAGACGACGACUGUGGUGUACUGUGCCUUCAUGUGCACGCAGGUGGUGCUGGUGCUGAAGGACGACGUGAGCGACCAGGAGAACAUUUCCGAGAUCCUGCGGGUGACUCUGGACAACUUCAUUGUGAGCCUGAGGCCAAAGAUUGACCUGACGGAAAAGCUGCGUGCACUGGACUACCGCGUCAAGGAGCAGGUGGAGGUAGUGCUGUUCGUGGGGGACGUCCAGAUAGACAACCAGCUGCACAUCUGUGGCAAGUACGAUUUCCCGGUGAUACUGAUCCGGCAGGACCCCAAUUCUGCCCCCCGGCUGUCCCCACUGGACCCCAUAGAGAGGGCAAUACAGAUCUCCCACAACAACGCACUGUUCACCCUCACCCUGGUCCUGGAGCAGCUGCCCACCAGAAACUGCCUCCACUCGGUCCAUAUCCGCCUCAAGCCCAUUGUGCUGUACGCUGAGGAUGCCGUGUUCUACUCCCUCAUGGACAUCCUCUCCUCCUUCCUGCCACUGCCCAGGCAGAAGGUCCGGGAUGUGCGGGAGCGGCGGGAAGACGAGGAGGAGGCCCUGCCGGUCGUCAUGAGGAUGCCAGAACAUAUCCUGGCCAUAUCGGACGCCAUGACGCGGCCGGUCCACAUUUCCAGUCUGACAGUGGAGCCGGUCUCCCUCCUGCUCAGUGUGCAUGCCUCCGUCAAGAUCUACGUGGCGCUGGACCGCUCCCCGCUCCACUUCGGCCAAUUCCAGCGCUCCGAGGUGCUGACCACCAGCUACAGCCUGGGCCACAGCCUGGCUAUGCACUACCUCUCGGGGGCACUCAUGAGGGCCGGCUGGGUGGUGGGGUCCCUGGACCUCCUUGGGAACCCUGGAGGAUUUGCCCGAACAGUUGGGUCGGGCGUGAGGGACUUUGUGCAGCUGCCAUACGAGGGCAUCCUGCAGGGUCCCUGGGCCUUCAUUGCUGGUGUGACACACGGCUCCCUCUCCUUGGUGAAACACCUUACUGCAGGCACGGUGGUGUCCCUGACCAAUCUGGCCAGCUCGGUGGCCCGCAACAUGGAGCGCCUCUCCCUGGAUGAAGACCACGCCCGCCGCAGCGAGGCCAGCCGACGGGACCACCCAGCUGGCUUGGUGCAGGGCCUCACGCAGGGACUGUCUGCCUUCGGGAUCUCCAUUCUGGGUGCCAUUGGGGGGUUGGCACACCAGCCCAUGCAGGCACUGAUGAGUGAUGGGGUGACACCCAGCAGCGUGGUGGGUGGCGUGGGCAAGGGGCUGGUGGGCGUGGUGACCAAACCAAUUGGGGGCGCUGCAGACCUGCUGGUACACACUGGCCAUGGACUCCUUCAGGGGGCAGGGUGGCACCAAGAACAAGUGCCACGUUUCCAGCCGACACUAGAGCCACACAGGAUGGAAGUGAACGCGCCCCUUAAGCUGGUGUGGAAGCUGGUGGCCGCCCUGCCUGAGGAGUGCCGGGCUGUGUUGGCGGCAGUUGAUGCUACUCACUUCACGUCAGCUGGCUCCUACACUCCUGUAACUGUCCUCCUCACUCCUCAGGUCCUCUUCAUCCUGGGUGUGGAGGAGGACGCACAGCAGCACGCCCUUCCCCUUGCUGAGGUAACAUGGCGCCCUCACCCAGCCGACCCAACAUUGGUCUAUAUAGAGAAGGUGCAGCCUGAACCUAAGCCACAGAACACAGAUAUGGAGCCGGUGAGUGGGUGUCCAGAGAGGGUUGCUGACUACGUACGCAGCACCUGCAGUGAGGGGGUGGAUGGAGCAGGUGCGGGGCUGGACUCCUCGGCAGCGUCCUCAGAGGCAGAGGACGGGGCACCAGGGCAUCUCACUCGCAUCAAGCUGUAUGUAGCGCCGCGCAUGAGGUCAGCACUGCUCGCUGGCAUCAAUAUUGCAGCGCGGGCCAGCCAGGGACGAGGAUUUAUUGUCUAGCAGGAUGGACUGCCGGCCAAUGGCAUGAGGAGCCACACUCCCCACACCUUGGCGCGGCUGCCUGAGUCACCCUACCAUUCCCUCAUCUGCUGCCACAACUGAUCCAACACAACACAGGGAAAUAGACACUGCAGCCAACACCUUCCUGAAGAUUAGAACAUGUCUUGAAGGUAAAAACAUUGAUAGAGAAGCACAAAUUGAUCAAGGUUGGUAAUAAUGAGUGCCACAACUGACCAGACACGACCUAACCUGACCCAACACAACACAGGGAAAUAGAUACAGUGACUAAUCCCUUCCGCAAGAUUAGAACAUUUCUUAAGGGUAAAAACAGGUUGGAUAAUUUGUUUUGAUAGAGGAAGACAAAUUGAUAAAGGUUUCUAUAUGAGCCACAGCCCACUUAGAACUGAAAUAAAAGGCAGGUGUUUCUAAAGAUUUGUCAUUGCACUGGGUAGAGGUGAUAAAGCCUACCUGUUACUGAAAUAGUAGAGAUAGGGGCAUUAUUAAUCAGAGAGAGGAGAAACAGAUGCCAAAACAUGCUGGCUAUUGAAGAGAUGAAGAGAGAGGAAUGAAAAUAUGCCAAAAGCUGAUGAUUGAAGUGGUGAUCAGAGAAAGAGGAAAGAAAACAUCCCAUAACUUGAAAGAACAAAGAAAAGAAACUUAGAACUUGAUUAUUGAAGUGAACAAUAAGAGAAAAAGGGAAGAAAACAUACCGAAACUUGAUAAUUAAAGAGAUAAUUAAGAAGAAAGAAAAUGAACUGAAAAAUGAGAUCAUUAAAGAAAUGAAUGAGAGCUUAAAUUCAGAGCCAUUCAAGAGUCACGUGGUCACUCACUCGUCCUCCCAAACAUUUCACUACUUGCAAAAACACUUUACUUGAAGUUACACAAAUUUCUAACGAGUGUUUUUAUGGUUCUACUGACAGAUUAACAACAUUCCUACAUCAUUAACAGGAGGAACACUCUUGAGAACCCGGCUAAUCAUCUCUGUGGCCUUGGAAGAUGAUCAUGGUGAGAGAGCAAAGAGUUUCAGGAUACCAGCCAGUCACUCAUGCAUUCUACAGUAACACCAUAUCACAAGGAAGACCAAGAAGUGAGUGUGUUCCUUGUGCCAGUGUGAAAUCAUAUGACAAGCUGAAAAUUUGGGCUGUGAAUAUCCAAAGCAAGUUUCUCUUAUCACCUGCAUGUAAAUUUACGAACGGCACGUAAUAUUAUUGGGUGUUUCUUUGUCACCAUAUUAAUACAGCUUGCUUCUCUUGGUAUGUUGAUAGGAGGUGUACGUAAACUGUAUGUAGGUUUUGCAGGGUUUAUUUAUGUCUUUUUUUUCACGGUGACUGGUGUGAGUAUCCCUGAUGAUCCCAGAAGAUUUUGUUGUUGUUUUUAUUGGGUUUCUUGUUGCUUUUUUGUUUUCUUUUUCUUGCAUUGUGUAUUUGGUAUUGUAGUGUAGCAGUCUGAGCUUCUUUGUGCCCAGAAACAUUCUCCUCACUUGCAUUUUACUCUUGCAUUAGUUACGUUUUUUUGUACCUUGAAAACUACAUUAUUCCCCUUGCUUCCAUUACGGUAAUUCUCUCUCUCUCUCUCUCUCUCUCUCUCUCUCUCUCUCUCUCUCUCUCUCUCUCUCUCUCUCUCUCUCUGUCUCUGUCUCUGCCUCUGUUUCUGCCAUCCAGGAAAACCAUCCAUCAUUACAAAGUUCAAAUAUUAACCUUCAGAAGCCUCCUGUAGGUACUAAGCCAGCCCUCACCGCCCUUCCCUCCCCCAUGUCUCCCAUUCAUCCCAUUGGUAAGGAGUGACAGUGCAUUAGUCACCCCUUGCCACCCUUGGAGUCUUGACCAGUGGCUUACAAGGCUCACAAGGGCACAGUCUCUUCCUAACUGGACUGUACUGCCACUCUUGUUCAUCGUCUCCCUCCCACACCUCUGAAGAUUACUAGUUAAGUGUUAAGUCGUUUAUAUGAUACUGUGUGUAUUUAUUAUCAUAGGUACUGGUUUGGUCUGAGGUCGAUUAGUCUGUCGCACUCACUUCCUUGCUGUGCCGAGAAUUAUAGGACAUAAUAUUCAUGAAAAAAUGCAGGAUAUAUUUGAGUGUGAUGCGUUACUUGCCCUCCGACCAAAACUGUGUGUAGACUAUCUGUGCUGAACUGUGAUAUAUAUAAAGAAUUUGUGUAUGUAUGUAUGUAUGUAUGUGCAAUUUUCUGGUGUGGGUGUGUGUGUGUGUGUGUGUGUGUGUGUGUGUGUGUGUGUGUGUGUGUGUGUGUGUGUGAUAUUUUUCCCUUUCAUCCAUUAUUUACAAGUGUACCGUGACCUGCACCUGAGGUACUGAAGGUGCUAAGGCGUAGAUUAUCUGUUAACUUAUGUGGGUGAAAGUGACGCGCAGAAACACUGUCCUGGGAGUGAGUGGCGGAGUGAAAGAAGUGUUGCGUGUGUUGCCAGGGGAAGCUGAUAUUUGCUACACUGCAAGUUUGGGGAAGUAUGGUUUUUUAUGGUGAUUCAUGGUUAUUUCGGUGAUUCUGCACAGCGUGGUGGGGAGGUUUAUGUACAAAGAAAUAGUAUUGGUAGUUUUUAAAGCGAGUUACAUUAAUGAAUAAGCACAAAAGGGAAUUAAACAAGCAUAAACUAAAUAGGUAUUAGUUAACCAAACAUGUGUCACCAGGCCAGGAGUCACACACACACACACACACACACACACACACACACACACACACACACACACACACACACACACACACACACACACACACACACACAUACCAAGGACCACCCUACUACACCCCAGGAACUUAGGCACACCACAGCUGGCCACACACUUCCACAGCAUACAUUCAGACUUGUAAAAUAAAGUGUGUGUUUGUUUCCCCAAGGUUAUUAAUGCACUAAAAUGGUAGGGUUAGGAUUUGGUUUUAACUUUAGAUACAGAUGCACUUUUUAAAUAUUUAUGCACUUGAGUAAUGUCUUAUGCAUUGUGAUUUAUAUAUAUUUUUCUCAGAUUUUUGUGUGUGUCUGAAUAUUUCUCUUCUUCAGUGGCUUCAAGAGAGGAGUUUUAAAAUUCUCUCUAGGACAAAAUUGGUUUAUCUUUUCUGACAAACUCUUCUAUUUAACUUUUUUUGGAGUAACUGUUUAUUUCUCUCCCUCUCUCUCUCUCACUCUCUCUCUUCCCCUCUACACUUCUUAUAAAUGAGAUGCUGAGAUUUUUUGACUAUAAGGAAACAUUUGGACAGUGUGUAGUCUUUUAUAUGAUGAUGAGCGUGGGAUCUAGUGGACUCUGUGACAUUACUGCUUGGAGCUUCUGUAUUCUUGUCUGUUAGGCGAAGUGACCAAGAAAAAGAAGAGGGAAAGAAAACGAGGGUUCUUACUAAAUGCCAUUCCCAAAAAUUGAACUUGUGAAGAUAUUCUGGUAAUUGAACUUUUUAUUUUAUUUUAUUUAUGUAUUUAUUUAUUUAUUUUUUGUAUCAAGGAGAGGAAUCAAGAAAAAAAGGGAGAAGAAUAAAAAAAGCUAUAUAAAAUGCUAUUCCCCAAAAAAUAUGGAAGAUAAACAGACAAUUAUUUUAUUCAGAGUAAAAAAAAUGUAAAAUUCCAGUUAAAAUAAAGGAGGAUAUGAAAAAAAUAAAUAAAAAAAAGCCGUACAAAAUACUAUUCAAAAAAUAAGAAAGAUAAAGAGAAACGAUUAUUUAUUUAUAGUAAAAAAAUGUGAAAUUAGUUAAAAGAUAUAAAAAAGAAAAAAAAUCCCAUCUCCCAAAAAAUAUAGAAAAACAGAGACUAAUGUAUUUUAUAGUAAAAAGAUAAAAAUAGAUAAAAUUCCUGUUUAGAUAGAAGAGAAUAUGAUUAUUUUUCGAAGUGUUACUAAUUUCUAGUGUUUUCAUGCACAACCGUUCACUCAUUGUCUCUUCCUCAUCACUGCCAUGACGUUAAGAGAGGCUCCUGUGGUGAGAUGCGUCUGCGUGUGUUGCUGGCAGGUGGUGGGCUGAGCAGGCCAGGUAAUGGGGUCACUCUUCCAAUGGUGCUGCUAAAUUAGUAAAAUAAAUAAUGAAUGCUAUGUAAGAAAUGAAAAAAAGGACAGGUUAGGUAGAUUUCAUUAACCUUAUGUAACGAUAAUAAUGAAUGUUUUGUAAAUGUGAAAUAUAAGAGCAGGUUAGAGUUGAUUAAUCUUAUGUAACUUGAAAAUAAUGAAUGCUUUGUAAGAAAUGUGUAAAAAGGAAUAGGUUGAAGGGGGAAAAAAAUGUCUCGUAACUCGACGCGGAAAAAUAAUGAAUACUGAGUGAAAAAUGUGAAAAAAAGGGACCGGUUUGUUAGGAAAUAAAUUUGACAACUUGAAAAGAAGUAAUAAAUAAAUAAAUGAUGAAUAGUGCCAUGCGAAAAAUGUGAACAAUAAAAUAAAGGUUAGUUAGGAAGUAAAUCUGAACACUGAACUAAGAAAAUAAAUAAAUAAAUAAAUAAUAAUAAAUAAUGUGAUCUGAAAAUUGUUAGACAGAUUAGUUAGAGAGUAAAAAAUAAUCUCAUAAUCUAUCUAACUUAUCCAUCUCGUCUUAUUCACCCGUACAUAAUCACAUCCAAGCUUUAACUGGAGCAUGUCAUUGUGUGGAAGAGUUCAUUACGACAGCGAGUGCGUGGAUCAUUACAGGAAGUGCUUGUAUUAUAAUGAGAAGUGUGGAAGUCAUUAUAGAAAGCGUGUUUAUCAUGAUAGCAAGUGUAAAUCAUUAUAAAAAACUUAAUCGUUACGAAAAGUGUUUAAGUCAUUACAGAAAGUGUGUGUAUCAUAUUGUAAAGUGUUUAAAUCAUUAGGAAAAGUGCAAAAAAGUGUGUUCUUCAUUAUAAAAAGUGUUUAUUAUGUUGACAAGUCUAAAUCAUUAUAAAAAAAAUAUUUAUAUACGUAGCAUGAUGAAAUGUACGUACGUAACACUGUCAUCAGAAGUAAGCAAACAACAAUAUCACACAAGUAUAUAGUUUGUAUAUCUGUGCGUGUGCUGUGCUGGUGUAAGUGAACAUCUGUGUGUACGUGUAUGUGUGUACGUGUGUGUACGUGUGUGUGUGUGUGUGGAUGUGGGCGAGUGUUAACACCUGUGAAGAGAGAAGCACCUUUGUUACAGCGGGUGACACACACAUGACCCUCGGCCACGUUUGCCCCUUCAAAGUAUAGGAUAUAUUAUUUUGCAUACAAUAAAUCGUGAAAUAAUGGGUU